AAGAAGGUAUAUAUAUAUUUAUCCUAGCUGUUUUGACUGGUUGAAACAGUCCUUAUUUUGCAAAGUAAAAUGUCAUAUGAAGUCGAAUUAUCCAGAUUCUUCAAUAUUCCUAUUAAACGCUCACAUGACGUUGACUUUGUUAAACCGUUGGAAACUUUCAUCAAAGUUACAUUUGACAAGACAGAUGAUGAUUUAAAGAAACAUAUUAAAGAGUUCAACACACUGCGUAAAAAUGCGGUUACAAAGCCUUUGGAUAAAUCAGCUACAUCUCUCAACUUGUUGAUGCAGUAUCAUGACCAACUGGUUGCUGCAUCACGGAAAUUUCCGUUCCGUGAAGCAAAUGGGGUGAUCGUUAAUUUCACUUGGAAGGAUUCGUUGCAGAAGGGAAAGUUUCUCAGCAGCACACCCAAGCUAAGCAUAGCAGAUGGUGACUUUGAGCGUCUAUGUAUAUUAUACAACAUAGCAGCACUUAUGUCUCAAGUUGGAAGUGAAGCAAAUCUUCAAACUGAUGAUGGAUUGAAAAGUGCAGCAAAGUAUUUCCAGGAAGCUGCUGGAAUUCUCACCUUCAUCAAAGAACGUGUGAUGUCCGUCGUUGGGAAUAAUUCAAUCACAUCAGAUCUUGCCCCUGAAGUUUUGAAUCUUUAUCGUUGCGUGUUGUUGGGUCAAGCACAAGAAUGCUUCUAUGAUAAAGCUUGCACGGAUGCUUCACUAAACAGAAAGCCAGAGGUGCUUGCCAAAGUUGCAAUGCAAGCUUCCUAUCUUUACUCUGAAGCUUCAAAAGCAUUCACAGAAGCUGAGAGUAGUUACUCCUUGGCUGGUGUGCAAGCUAUGUGUGGUGCUAAGAAGGAACUGUUUGAGUGUUACGCCCAAUACCACCAAGCCACAGCUGCUCAAGAAGGUAAAAGAUUUGGAGAAGCCAUUGCAAGGUACCAGAUAGUUGAACCCAUGGCAAGGAACCUACACAAGAAUGCAUCGGAAUAUCUUGUUAACUUCAAAGGCAAACAGUUCAUUGAGAUGGUAUCUACUAUAAGAGGGACAACCGAGAAAGACAACAACUUCAUCUACAAUGAUGUCGUACCGAAAACAUCAAGUUUGUCCCCAAUAGGGAAAGCCCCGAUUGCGAAAGCAAAAGCGUUUAAUGAGAAAGAAAAUCUGGGUGCAAAGUUUACAGAUAUGUUCAGCUCUCUGGUGCCCCUUGAUGUACAUAACGCACUAGAGGCGUAUGAAGGUCGAAGAAAGGAAUUGGUUGAGAAAGAAGUUGAAAGGAUCAGGGAGCUUAACAACCUCGUGAAUGGAGUGAUGUCAUCUUUCAACCUCCCUGCUGCACUUGAAGAUAUGUCAGGUAGCGAUCUUCCCCCGUCUAUCCUGGAGAAAUCCCGUACUGUCAUCCAGAAAGGGGGGUCCGCGCCGAUUGAUCAACUUUUGCAGGACCUUCCAGAGUCGCUCAACCGAAACCAACAGAUUCUUACUGAGUGCGUUCGUAUUCUCAACGAUGAACAAUCCUCUGAUGCUGAACUUAGGGAGAAGUUUGGAGAUAAAUGGAGAAGAAAGCCAUCAGCUGAACUUACUGUACCAUUGAGACAAGAAAUGAGCAAAUACCAAACGAUCAUCGAAAACGCUCAAAAAGCUGAUGCGAUAAUCCGUGGUAAAUAUGAAGACAACAAAGAAGGGAUUAGUCUUCUUUGUCUUCCUCCUGACCAACUGAAGAAUGCGAUCCCAUCCUCAAGUCCGGUGGCAGCUCUUAAAGGACAUCCAGUUGUCCAGGAGCUGAAGCAAUUAUGUGAACAAGUCAACACAUUGAAGGCUGAGAGAGAAGUGAUGGAAACUGAGCUGAGAAGUGCUUCAUAUGAUAUGACUGAUAAGUUUAUGAGGGUACUCGCUGAAGAAGGCUGUAUAAACGAGGAGAGUAUUUCACCGGGUGAACUAGAUCGUAUUUACCAACCAUUGAUUGAACAAGUUAAUGAUUCAAGUGGGAGGCAGGAGUCGGUGCUCGCUAAUUUACAGAGAGCCAAUGAACAGUUUGCUGUCUUGAAAUCUGGUGGUGGACAAAAUAAACGGGAAGAUGUCUUGAAGAAGAUUUCAGCUGCAUUUGAUCGAUAUGAGGAACUAACUGCUCAUUUAAGGGAAGGAAAUAAGUUCUACAAUGAUCUAACUGAACUUCUACUUAAGCUGCAACCUAAAUGCAGUGAUUUUGUAUUUGCGAGGAAAACUGAGAAGGAAGAAUUACUUAAAGACGUACAGCAAACCAUAGUUGGCACUCCAGCCUCCACUGCACCCAACGUACCUGCAUACCACCAACAACAAGAUGUAUACGCUGAAGUAAAGAAGCCGCCAGCAAGACCCCCACCCCCUACUGCUCCAGCCACCCAAGCACCCCCAACUGCGCCCCAGCAAACACAAGUGCCUAAACCAGCCCCAAGAAAAUCCCCUGCACCCGCACCACCCACCCCUAAUGCGCCAGCCGCACAAGGACCACCAGCUUCUGCCCCAGGUGCACCAGGAGCACCGGGAGCCCAAGGACCACCAGGCCAACCAUAUGCUCACCAACAGCCCCCCUAUGGGUACCCCGGAGGUGCCCCACCCCAGCAAGGGUAUGCCCCUUUCCCCGGCUAUGGAGCCCCACCUGCAGCUGCCCCUUACCCCCAACAACCACCGUAUGGCUACCCACCCCAACCUGGGUAUGCCCCGCAAGGAUAUGGGGCAUACCCCCCACAACCAGGUUACCCCACCCAACCUGGGGGUUACCCCCAACAACCCCAACAGCCCCCCCAAAAUUACGGCAACUACGGACAGCAACCCCCAUAUUAUUACCCACCCCAGUAAAUACCCUUAACAUCCUAUUGAUUACUUUGCCCCUUCACCCUUGCACAGAAAACUACGGGAUUAGUUUAAUUCUCAAAAGUCCAGAUUCAGUCUUAAAUAUCCCUUCAAAUGUUAAUCUGUGCAAUGAAAAAGUGCUAAUUUAUUUUCAAAACUUUCAAAGAAAUUUGGCCUUCUUCAUUUUUUGCAAUAAAUUGUUCCAAUUGACUUGUAAAUACACUGAAAUUACAGAAUGUGGAACUGCAUUCACAUUAAAACUCAUUUUUUUCCUAUUCUGACAAGUUUAUUUUCCACUGAAUUUAAAUAUUAAUUUAGUCCGCCACUUUUCUCAAAUUUCUUGUACAUUGCUCUUAUAGAGUUCAGAUUAAUACUUUUCAAUGUAAAUACUGUAGUUAACGUGCACAAUCUAUAAUUGCUUUCAAUUUUAGUUUCUGUAGCUUUUCCGUACCAUAUAUGGUGUAAAAUAUUCAAUUCAUUAAUUUUUCAAAUUUUCGGACUAAUUUUUUUUUACAGUACAAAGCUGUAAAAAUUAUUUUGAUUUUGCGGUAUAACAAUACAUGUAAUAACUUCUGUGGACACUAUUAUAUAAUGAAUACAAUGCAAUGAUAUUGUGAAA